AAUAAUGGUGGGGUGUAGUGGAGAUCCCUCGGGACACUACAAAAUCCCGUUGUCGUUUGUUCCUCUCCCUGGAACGUGAAUAGAUGAAUGCCUUCUUCUUUCUUACAGAUGGAGGGGGGAGAGAGAGAGGAGGAGGACGAGGAGGAGGGAGUUGUGAGCUGCUCGAUCACAUGGGUGAGCCCAUCUGCUGUCCUAUUAAAGCAGUGGCACGCCUGGGCCUAACGGGAACUCGCAACAGAGAAGAGCAGCAACGAGACCUAAAACCCACAGUCUCUUUCUCUCUCUCUCUCUCUCUCUCUCGCUCUCUCUUUCUUCUCUUUUACUCAUGAGAUCACAUGGUGAGCGUUGUCGCUUUCCUGUGGGAGUUCCUUUCUUUUGAGGUAGAGGAGGGAGGCUGCUUUGAACAGUUGGGAGAGGCACAGCGGGCACAAACAAAAAACUAAAGGCAAAGUAAAGAAAAGAGAGGCGAGUGGCAGUCGCAAGGAUUCUUCUCCUGCCCCUCGGUUGCCUCGUUUCUCUCGCUUACUCCUGCAUCGGGAUUCCUGCUCCCUUCCUCUUCCUACUACCACCACUACUACUUAUAUGCUCUGUUUCUUGGGUAAAUUUUGCUCACCCUACUCUUUGAGUUAGUGUUGCUUUGAUCAUAAGCACACCCUUCUCGCUUCUUCUUCUUCUUCUCUCUCUCUCUCUCUCUUGCUUCUGUUGCCUUGAACUUCUAUCGAGAUAUCAUCGGUAUCAGGAGUUGCGGUUGGCAGUGAGGAAGGAAGAUGCUCUGCAAUGGAGAGAAGUUGGGCAUCAGCUCAGGCAAGGAACGGCCACAGGUAGAUGAUGGGUGAAAGACCUAUGACCACUGCUAAGAGCUGCAAUAGUAUCACCACUACAACCACCAUCACCAACAACAACAAUGGUAGCAGUACCAUCACUAACACCGACAACAACGAUAUGGUCCAUGUCAAUUCUACGACUCCCGGUGCUGCUAGGGUUAUGGACAAGCCGUCAGCGCAAGAUCAUCCACAGGCGGCCCUGAGAUGCCCCCGAUGUGACUCCUCCAACACCAAGUUCUGUUACUACAACAAUUAUAGCCUGUCUCAGCCGAGGCACUUCUGCAAGGCGUGCAAGCGAUACUGGACCCGCGGCGGCACGCUCCGGAACGUCCCCGUCGGCGGCGGGUGCCGCAAAAACAAGCGCGCCAAGAAGCCGGCAGCCGCUCCCAUGGUGCCGCCGGGUAAUCCGCACCCCCGCCCCCUUUUUCCGCCGGAUCCGAUCGCUUGUUUGUCGGCGCAGAGAUCUUCCUCUUCCCAACUCGACGCCGCCGCGAUUUACGCCCUGCAAGCGGCGGCUUCAUCUUCGGACAUGAGCCUCACGUUGCCAAUUAUCGCGAACAGCAUCCACUUCCCGUCUUGCGCUUCUGCCUUCGAUCUGCAGCCUCAUCUCGGCGCACUUGGUCUCGGGCUGUCGUCCGACCCGCUGCUCGAAAACGAGUACCAUCUCGGGGAGCUUCAGCCAUUAGCGCCGAUGAGCUCAGCCGCGAUUUCACUCUUGAACGACUAUCCAAUCUUUGGUUCAUCUCUGUCAUCUGCAUCGCUUCUAGUAUCGGGCAUUAAACGGCCCAAGCAAGUGGAGGACCAUCAAGUCUUGUUGCCGCUUGAUGAACUGCAAACCUCUGGCGGGAUGAGCGAGAGCAUUAAUGGGAUGAUGAAGGAAGUGAAAUUAGAAGGGCAGACCAAUCACAUGGUGAACGACAACAUCAACAGCUGCAUAGAUUGGCAGAUUCCACCGGAGAAUUCUUUGGAUGAUUACGGUCCAGCUGCAGCAGUGUACUGGAAUGCUGCCAUCAGCGGCGGCGCCGGUUGGCCAGACGGCACAAACUGCGGGUGGGUCGUCGGUCACACCUCUGAUCUAGUCCGAAUGGAUAAUUAGUACCGUCUCUCAACUUUGCUCAUCGUUCAUACUUGCUGCUUCUCUCAAUUACCAGUAGUAGUAGUGGGCUAUAACUAUAUUUCAUGUUCGUCGUGAUGGGGGCAACGCGAGCGGAUCACCGGAGGGAAUGCGGAUCGGAGAGUUCCUGUCGGACGCAAACGUCUCAAGCCCCUUGUGUUUUUUCAGUCAUUGUGGCAUCAAGAAGACCGUUUGCUCCGAGAGGAACCUCGGAUCCAUUCGGCUUAAUCGGUAACAUGCAUUAUCCAUCUCCGAUCGUACUCGGAUGAUGUUUAUCCUUGUGAAUUGGGAAGGAAGAGGAAGAAGACUUCUGUAGAGGUGCUGGAGGAGUGAGCUGGUUUUGCAUGUGUCUACAUGGCAGGCAUGGCAUACCAUCUUCUUCUAAUGUACUGGUUACUGAGUGGUUGGUCUUUCAUCAUAGCUUCUUCUUCUUCUUCGUCUUCUUCUUCUUCUUCUUCUUCUUCUUCAUCAGUAAAUGUGAUCUCAGUUGGUGCAGAAGCCAAUUAACAAUCAAGUCCUUUUCUUCUUCUUCUUCUUCUUCAUUUUCUUCUUCUUCUUCUACUGUUUUCUCUUUUCUCUUUUCUUUGGUGUACUUGCAGAAAAGAUUUAGUACAAUAAUCUUCUGGAGUGGGUCUUUAUUUCACUUUUAUGAGUGGUUUUUAGGGUUUGCCUUUUUUGGGCUUUCUUCCAUUGUAACAGGUGUAUCGAUAACCUUUGCGAAUCUCUCUCUCUCUCUCUCUCUCUCUCUCUCUCUCUCUCUCUCUCCUUGACUGUAUUGACAAUGGACUGAGUGGUUUUAUUUGUUCUGAUGAUUAUGUUCAGAAGUGCAAUGACUGUCUUUCUCAGCAGUAUUCUAGCUA